CGCUCGCAUGCUGGUGAAGCGAGUGGUACGGAUCUUCGCAGUCUUCCUUGAGGAGGUUGAAGCUGAGGAGGAGAAACCAAGGAGCGCAUCAGUUGGAAAGAAGACAACUCUUCCCGCUAAAGUGAGUGCACUCUUAGCGAAGUUUGUAGACGUCUUUCCAGACGAGUUGCCCCCAGGGUUACCUCCUAGCAGAGCAGUGGACCAUCGAAUAGAGUUGGAGCCAGGGAGCAAACCAGUAGCGAAGCUGCAGUGGAGGUUGUGUCCAGCUGAGACAGAGGAGAUGAUGAAGCAGGUUAAGCAUUUCCUAGCACAGGGUUUCAUCCAGCCGUCUAGAUCUCCUUGGGCAGCACCGAUCCUAUUCACACCUAAGAAGGACGGAGGGUUAAGGAUGUGUAUCGAUUACCGAGCAUUGAACGCCGCCACCGUCAAGAAUAGGUUCCCAGUGCCGAGGGUAGAGAAUCUUCUAGAUGCACUGCAAGGCGCUAGAAUCUUCUCCAAGAUCGAUCUUCAUCCAGGAUAUCAUCAGAUUCGAGUAUUUCCAGAGGAUCAGGAUAAGACAGUGUUCCGUACGAAACAGGGGGUGUACGAGUUCAGGGACUUGCCAUACUGAUUGACCAACACCCCAGCAACGUUCCAGAUGCUCAUAAAU